ACUCUCAGCAUCUCGAUCACACACACAAUACACACACACGGUACCCAGACCACCGCAGCCAUGGACGAAAUCGCACCGGAGUACGACGUCGUAGUGCUCGGCACUGGACUCACGGAAUGCAUCCUCAGCGGUGUCAUGUCCGUGAAGGGCAAGAAGGUGCUGCACAUGGACCGCAACGACCACUACGGCGGCGAAGCGGCAUCCGUCAAUAUCGAGGCUCUGUUCAAGAAAUACGGAAACUACGAGAAGGGCACGGAGCCCUGGAAGAAGUACGGUCGGGCCAACGACUGGAACAUCGAUCUCGUGCCGAAGUUGUUGAUGGCCAAUGGAGAACUCACCAAUAUCCUGGUCAGCACGGAUGUCACUCGAUACAUUGAGUUCAAGCAGGUUGCUGGAAGCUACGUUCAACAGGGCAAUGGGGCCAAGGCGACGGUGGCCAAGGUCCCUAGCGAUGCUACCGAGGCGCUGAAGAGUCCGUUGAUGGGACUGUUUGAGAAGAGAAGGGCGAAGAACUUCUUGCAGUGGGUGGGCGGCUUUGAUGAGAACAACCCGAGCACACACAAUGGCAUGAACCUCUCGCAGACCACGAUGAAACAGGUCUACGAUAAGUACGGCCUCGAGGCCACCACCCGCGACUUCAUCGGCCACAGCAUGGCACUCUACACCACAGACGACUACGUCGAUGCCAAGGGAAUGGCAAAGGACUGCAUCGAGCGCAUCCGCCUCUACGUCAACAGCAUGGCCAGAUACGGAAAGAGCCCAUACAUCUACCCUCUCUACGGAUUGGGGGAGCUGCCUCAGGGUUUCGCUCGUCUCAGUGCCAUCUACGGAGGCACAUACAUGCUCAACACCAACGUCGAUGAGAUCAAGUACGAAGGUGGAAAGGUUUCCGGUAUCAAGGCGACGAUGAAAGAGCGAGGCGAGGAGGGCGAGGGCAUGAAGUUCGAGACCAAGUGCAAGAAGAUCAUUGCGGAUCCCUCGUACUUUCCAGACAAGGUCCGAGUGACCGGACACAUCCUCAAGGCGAUCUGCAUCUUGAACCACCCAGUCGACAAGACUGACAACUCUGACUCCUUCCAAUUGAUCAUCCCCCAGUCCCAGUGCGGCCGGAAGCACGACAUCUACAUCGCCGUCGUCGGCUCCAACCACAACGUCUGCCCCAAGGGCUACUACAUCGCCAUCGUCAGCACCGUCGCCGAAACCGAAGCCAACCAACACCUCGAACUGAAAGCGGGACUCGAACGUCUGGGACGGAUAGAGGAGCAAUUCAUGGGCCCUCCGAUCCCGAUCUACGAGCCCCUCGAGAGCGGUGCGAAGGACAACGUGUUCAUCAGCAAGUCUUACGAUGCGACUUCGCAUUUCGAGUCGAUGACGGUGGACGUGAGGGAUGUGUAUAAGCGGGCUGAGGGCGAGGAGUUGAAGGUGGAGGGAUUGAAGGAGGGUCAAGGGUUGGAGUACGAGGCGUAAAGGCCAGGUAGCUCCCCGGAGAGGGUGAUGCUGAGGGUUGGUCUCUUGCUACGAGCGGAGAUGGACGUGCUGGAAUAGCAAGGAGCAUCGAUGAGUAUCGUUUUG